AUAUCUAGACUUUCUUUGCAUACCUAAUUUCAUUCUUACCAAAUACAAAGUCCAGAAGCAGCGAGGAGGAGAGGGUGGAAUCAUGGUGAUAUCUACGACCUGCGCCGCCUGUGAAGAGCAUUUGCACUCUACUUUCGCUUCCAGAUAUGUACAUAAUCCUGUUCCCAGAUUCAUAAUGCCAGAGGAAUCCAUGCCAAAGGAGGCAGCAUAUCAAGUAAUAAAUGAUGAGCUGAUGCUCGAUGGAAAUCCAAGGUUGAAUUUGGCAUCCUUUGUUACAACAUGGAUGGAACCCGAGUGUGAUAAACUCAUUAUGGCUGCCAUCAACAAGAACUAUGUGGACAUGGACGAAUACCCUGUUACUACUGAGCUCCAGAACCGAUGUGUAAACAUGAUUGCACACCUAUUCCAUGCUCCUAUUGGAGAUAAUGAGACUGCAAUUGGUGUGGGGACUGUUGGUUCCUCGGAGGCUAUAAUGCUGGCUGGAUUGGCUUUCAAAAGGAAAUGGCAACAUAGACAAAAAUCACAGGGGAAACCCUUUGAUAAGCCCAACAUUGUCACGGGAGCUAACGUGCAGGUUUGCUGGGAGAAGUUUGCUAGGUACUUUGAGGUAGAGUUGAAGGAGGUGAAGCUGAGAGAGGGAUAUUAUGUGAUGGACCCUGAAAAGGCUGUUGAGAUGGUGGAUGAGAACACUAUUUGCGUGGCAGCCAUUCUUGGAUCAACACUCACUGGAGAGUUUGAAGAUGUGAAGCGCCUCAAUGAACUCCUCACGAAGAAAAACGAGGAGACUGGUUGGGAUACUCCAAUUCAUGUAGAUGCUGCCAGUGGAGGGUUUAUUGCUCCUUUCCUUUACCCGGAUCUUGAGUGGGAUUUUCGUCUACCAUUGGUAAAAAGCAUAAAUGUUAGCGGCCACAAAUAUGGCCUUGUAUAUGCUGGUGUGGGUUGGGUUAUUUGGAGGAACAAAGAGGACUUACCUGAGGAGCUUGUCUUUCACAUCAACUACCUUGGCUCUGAUCAGCCUACAUUUACCCUCAACUUCUCCAAAGGCUCUAGUCAAAUAAUUGCUCAGUACUAUCAGUUUAUUCGCCUUGGCUUCAAGGGCUACAAGAACAUCAUUGGAAACUGCAUGGAGAAUGCAAGAGUGUUGAGAGAAGGACUAGAGAAAACAGGGCGUUUUGACAUCCUUUCCAAGGAGGUAGGAGUGCCGCUUGUGGCAUUUGCUCUUAAAGACAGCACCAAAUACACUGUGUUUCAGAUAGCUGACAAUUUAAGGAGGUUUGGUUGGAUCAUCCCAGCUUACACCAUGGCCCCGGAUGCCCAACACAUUGCUGUCCUUCGCAUUGUGAUCAGGGAGGAUUUUAGCCGAGCCCUGGCGGAAAGAUUGAUCUCACAUGUUGAAGAAGUUUUGAAGGAAAUGGACACACUCGCUGCCAAAACUGCCGAAACAACAGCUACUGUUGAUGCAGCACAGAGGGGGAAGCCUGCUAAAAAGAGUGAGAGAGAGAUUCAAGAGGAGGUCACCCAAUACUGGAAGCGUUUUGUGGAUCGAAGAAGAACUGGAGUCUGCUGAGAGACUUCUGAAAUCCAUCUUCUUCAUAACAUUGUGAGUGAACAUUAGUGCUGUAUGCGUGAUUAUAUAUAUUAUGUGUUCUUGGUGUGCUAGCUGAAUGAGUGUAAUAACUCUUAAUGACCAUC